CUUCUCACCACCGCUGCCUCCGCGGUUUCGCUUCCCCCCGUCUUCCCAAGCCUUUGCUUCGCUCUUCGCUUCGGAUUCCCUCUGCUCAUGGCCGGGAGAGGGAAGGCGAUCGGCUCAGGGGCCGCCAAGAAGGCCAUGUCCAGGAGCUCCAAGGCCGGGCUCCAGUUCCCAGUGGGAAGGAUCGCCAGGUUCCUCAAGGCCGGCAAGUACGCCGAGAGGGUCGGCGCCGGCGCCCCCGUCUACCUCGCUGCCGUGCUCGAGUAUCUUGCUGCUGAGGUUCUCGAGCUUGCCGGGAACGCGGCUCGGGACAACAAGAAGACCCGCAUCGUCCCGCGCCACAUCCAGCUCGCCGUCCGCAACGACGAGGAGCUCUCCCGCUUGCUGGGCACGGUGACCAUCGCCAGCGGUGGUGUCAUGCCCAACAUCCAUAACCUGCUGUUGCCCAAGAAGUCUGGCGGCGGCAGUGCCAAGGCUGCGGCUGGUGAUGAGGACUAGACCGACCACGCCUAGCCUUUCAUCCGGUGGUGGCACCUCUUGUGGAUGCUGCCGUAUCAACUUGUGCCUGUGUAGUACGCUCUAGAAAUGCCUUAGGUGUUGCGUUGUAGUUCGGGAUGUGUCUCCCUGUACCACUGCCAAGGAUUAGUUCUGUAUAUUUUGCUAUAAGGAGUGCAUCCUUUGGACGACCUGUUUAUC